CCCCCUUCAACGGCCUGGACCUUGUUCAAUUUCUCCUAUUCAACCCGCGCGGCCCUUUUACCCCCUUCUCCUCCCCCAGUUUCUUCUUUUUCCCCCAUAUCCUCCUCAGAUCGAGCCUCCCUUCCCCAAGAUCCGGUUUCUUACCUGAGCGUGAAGGUUAAUCUAAGAUAGCUGGUCUGGUCUGGUCUACGACAAUGGGGCACAAGGACAACGCCAGCGGCGUGCCCACGUACUGGGGCACGUCCGGUUCGACUCUUCAGAAACUCAUCACCCUCGUAGCCACGACGGAUUUCCUACUCUUCGGUUACGAUCAGGGUGUUAUGUCUGGUAUUAUUUCCGCACCAGCCUUCACAUCUGACUUUCCUGAGGUAGAUGGAGAUAGCACAUACGAAGGCUUUGUUGUAUCUAUCUACGCUGUCGGUUGCUUCCUCGGCGCUUGCUUCAUUCUUACGUUCGGUGAUCACCUCGGUCGCCGCAAGUCUAUCUUCCUCGGUGCUACUGUUAUGAUUAUCGGUGUCAUUAUUCAAAUUUGUGCCAUGCCUAACGGUUCAGGGGGAGGAGCAACCGCACAGUUCAUCAUAGGACGAUGUAUAACGGGUAUAGGUAACGGUAUCAACACCUCGACAGUGCCGACAUAUCAAGCCGAAUGCAGUCACUCGCAUAACCGUGGAAAACUCAUCUGCAUCGAAGGCGGUAACGUAGCCAUCGGAACUUUAAUCGCCUACUGGAUCGACUACGGAUGUACCUAUGGACCUCACGCCUUCGUCUGGCGAUUCCCUAUCGCCUUCCAGUGUGUCUUCGCCUUGAUUGUAUUAAUUCUCACGACUCAGCUACCCGAGUCCCCUCGAUGGCUGUUAACAAAAGACCGUAACGAAGAAGCCGCCACAGUAAUAGCAGCACUCAACGGCGAGCGUCGUGACGACCCGGCUGUUCAAACUCAGCUUGCAGUCAUCGUUGACGCCAUUCGUGCUUCCGGCCAUGCAGGUGGUGUUACCCCGAUGUCUGACUUGUUCACCAACGGACCUACCCAGCACUUCCGCCGUCUAUUGCUCGGAGCCUCAUCCCAGAUGAUGCAGCAGCUUUCCGGCUGCAAUGCUGUGAUCUACUACUUCCCCAUUUUAUUCCAGACCUCUAUCGGUACCUCGCACAACUUGGCUCUACUUUUAGGAGGUGUCAACAUGGUUGUUUACGCUAUUUUUGCUACAACUUCGUGGUUCGCCGUCGAGCGUAUCGGCCGAAGAAAGCUGUAUCUCAUUGGUACUGUCGGUCAGUGCUUGUCCAUGGUUCUCACGUUUGGUGCUUUAAUUCCUGGAACUCCGGAAGCAGCUAAGGGCGCUGGUGUUGGACUCUUCACUUACAUCGGUUUCUUCGGUGCCACCUGGCUCCCGCUACCUUGGCUAUAUCCCGCCGAGAUCAACCCUCUCAAGACCCGAGCAAAGGCCAACGCGACUUCGACAGUGUCCAACUGGCUAUGGAACUUCUUCAUCGUCAUGAUUACUCCUGUGCUGCUGAGCAACACCGGUAACUACGGCUGGGGUACCUACCUAUUCUUCGCUAUCCUCAACGCUAUGUUCUUCCCCGUCAUCUACUUCUUAUACCCCGAAACAGCUGGACGUACCCUUGAGGAGAUCGAUGUCAUCUUUGCCAAGGGUCACGCCGAGAAGAUUAGUUAUGUCAAGGCCGCUGAAGAAUUGCCUCGCCUUACUGAGGAAGAAGUCCAACAGAAGGCUCGCGAGUACGGCUUCAACUUCUCCGACGAGGAGGCAACCGUCAGCACCUACGAGAAGGCCGAAGGUGUCUUAUCAACCCCGCCUUCCGAUUAAGGUGUUAUGUGGUACUAGGAAUGAUUGGGUUAGGUUAGAUCGUGCUUACAGGUCGCGAUCACCAUUGCGUUAUGAACGUUCAACAUAGUUCGUCUUUUGAUGACUGAGCUUUACGACAAUUGCUAUGAUUGUGGUUUUUGUUGUAACUGAAAGUUGGCGACCGAAACACUGCCACGUUCAGCAUGAUUAUGAGGAGUCAGUUCAUUUAGCAGAAAUGAUCAUCUCUCGAGUUAUGUCGGAGCUAUGGGAGGUACUAUUCCUACAUGAAUAGUACCAUAUUUUCUUAGGGGAGUCUUAGAUGGGCUCUUUUUUUUUCUCCUAGAUUUCCUCGGACGUUUCGGACGUCGGUAAGAAGGAUUUUACUUUACCUUUUUAAAGUCUUUCUUUGUUUAUUCCCCCCCAGAUACCACAGGUCCAUCUAUAUAUAUACCCUCGAGCCGGCAAAGGACUCGAACAAGCUGCUGCUUCUGGAUAGAAGAAUGGUUAGAUCUCUACGGUCGCAUAGAGAUAAACAGAGAAACUGGGUGAUAAGAGUAUUUCAUGAGCAUUUUUAAUAGAGAUCAUGAUUACCAAAUUCUGUCGCCGUGAGUGACUGAUGGUUCCAUGUGAGCUUGUGAUUCGGGGUGGUAGCUCGUGUACUAUAUUACAUUAUAUCCUCUUUUAAGUCUGUAAUCUUAAGUUUCAUACCAAGUA